GUUGAUUCCGGGAAGAGGAUGGCUUGCAGGGCGCAGGCGGUCGUUCAGGCGCUGCUGACCCCGUCCAUCACUGCCUCAACUGCAGACAGUCCGGCGGCACCCUGGGACUGCCCGUCCUUCCCAUUGAUCCCAGUUGCUGUCCAGUAUCUCUCGAGCACGUCGGCAGAAGCAGCGGCUGCACGCAAAGCGCUGUGCCAGGCAUGCAAGGUGGCAGAUCUGCCAGAACGCCACGAAAUUGCCGACUGCGUGCUCGACCUCGCAGAUGCCCUCUGGCGGCCGCUGGUUGCUCUGCAUAAGCCAGACGUGAAGCUUGCACAGCGAUCAUCAUCGACUAGCUCCGCACAGGGACCCGCUACUCCAGCACAGCAGACAAUACCAUCACGAGAUGCAUUGACUGCAGUGUCAAGACCGAGUGCACCGGGCUCGACUGCUCACCAAGGAAAAUCUGCGCUAGAGUUUGGAUCCAUUCCCUUGUCGGUAGGCUCACAGUUCUCAAUACCACAGCCGUUGCAGCAGAGCGGGGGCUUGCUCCCACUCCCGUCAGCGUCGCCCGUGCGAAGUUCACCGUCCCGAUCCAACACGGCCUCUUUGCAACCCGCCCCAGUUGCAGCAACACAGGCCAUCAAUCUUUCCAGCGUCACCGAGUUUCCACGCUUGUCAGCCGCUCCAAGCGCCAAACCCGCAGGUUCGGGAAACAAGCAACCUCGCAAAAUCACCCCAACGUUGGUCAAACCUGCUUCGUUGGGAGGCGGCGGAGCGUCGGCCAUCCCGACCCCUGCCUUUUCAGCCGCUGCCUCCGAGCAGUCUACCGCUGUGGACGAUGUGAUGAUGGGACUGGCAAGACCGCGUCGUGCCUCUGGCUCUGCAGCUUCCGUCUCCAUUACUCCCGCGUCCGCCGUCUCAACAAACGCGCCUCGCCCUCCCACUUUGAGCGCUGCUGCUGCGACGCCAGCAGCACCAAUGCGAAUUCGCCGCAUUGCUUUUGGACGCGUCCCUUUCCGAGAGUCCAUCGCAGCGCUCGCCCGACUAGUCGCCUGCGUCGUCUCGGCCCGACUGGGCACCGCGAGCCAACCGACCGCUGUGGCGCUUCCACUCUUCAUCCAUCUGUUGACUCUACCCGUCUUUGUGUCAGAGCCCCUCCAUACCCCUCGAGACGCAACCCAGUUCCUCUUUGAUACCAACAAUUUCCUGGCGACCGAGCAGCAGGCCGUACUCUUCGCCCUUGCUUGCCUCCACCACCUGGCUCGCUUCCUCCCGCAGCUGGUGGACGCUCAGUUUCUGGUGGAGCUUGCCGCCAACCCGUAUCUGGAUGAUUUUGGCUCCAAACCAUUGCUCGCCAUCGAUCAAGCCAUCCGACCCCCGCCAUCGCUCGUAGUCAGUCGAGACAUGUCCCAACAACCUAACAACAACCAACUGCGCCAUGCCUCGUCCUCCAGCAUGCAGCUGCUCAUCAAGCUGGGUCUGGCUCCUUCUGUGGAGAGUGAGCGCCUGGUUCGUUCGACGCAUCGGCAGCUCUUUUUCAACCGCGAAAAGCUCGCCGACAAGGUGUUUCUUUUGCGAAUCAAGUGGCAGGAGGCACUCGUUGCGCUGCGCCAACACUCGACAGAGACCCCUGGCGCAGUCCAAGUGUCGCCAUUGCCCGACAGCAAAUUUUGCGAACUGGUCUGGGAGAUUAUGAUGCAGCUCGAUCCGUUAAACUAUCGGUGGCUUGCGCUCAAGCUAGUCGUCGAUUUUCUGGACGCCCUGCCUUCGAAUCCGCUGGUUUUCGCCAAUGGCUCGGAUCCGACAGCAGCCCGUCCGACAACCCCGCUGGGAUCUGCUCCUUCCACGCCUGGCAUCGGUGCCAGUCCCGCCGCACCGUUGCUGCGACACGGCUCGUCGCAAUCCCUGACGCACGACGAGGCGUUGGCGGCAGCAGGAGCGCACGCGGCAGACCCCACUCGCAAGGCGCAGCGCUUCGAAAACUUGGAGCGGCGCUUUCAAUCCGACCGAACCUACGCUCGGCCUUCUCUCCGACCCAAAGUCUCAUCAACUGAUAUUGUAGCCGCCUGCUCUCCGGGCAAGCUGGGCGCACCGGCGCCUUCGUUUUUGCACUUUUACGCCACGUUUCUUGUCUUUGCGGACAGCUUCACCCUUGUUGCACUUGCGCGCGAACUUCUCUGUCCGUGCGUCAAUGCCUUGUUGCAGCAAUCCUCCCAGGCUCCCUCCACGCUUGAAUUGGAGAGCGCUGUUGGCUGUGCGCAGCUCCUGGGAUUUUUAGAUGGUUUUUCGGCUCGGUUGCCGACUGUGCCCGGCCAAAGCUUGUCGCCCGCACCGUCUACUGCCCCCUUGGGCUCGCUCGAUGUGGCUCUCUUGCUGAUUGCGUCGCAGAAUUCGUCCGAGCAUGUGAUCGUCGCGAGCGAGUACCUGUGUGCAUUCCACGGACUCGGGUUGAAAGACGAAGACUCUAGCCGUGCAGCGCCUCCGCCCAUCCCAGUUUUAGUGUUGCAGCAGCUGCACGAGCACUGUGCUCGGAUGCAACACGCGUCUCAGCCCACGGGACCUCUCGAGCGAAUGUCAGUCGCGUACGCCGAGCAGAUUCUCUUCUUGGCGCGAUUUACAGCAGACCAACCGUCCGACCCUGCUGGAUUGCCAGUCGCAGUUGCGCCCAAGUCCGGCAGCCCGCAUCUUUCCUUGUCUGGCACAAGCCCCACGUCCUCUCUGGAGCUAGCGUUGCAGUCGUUUCGUCGCGAAAUGGACGCCAUCGCGUGGGGUGCCGAUGGCGACUCGCCGUCGCCUGCCAAAACACGCUCGGCAGCGACCGUUGCACAACAACAUGGAACCCAUCUACCCAGCUCUAGUCACACUGGUGGCUCGACGACGUCCUCUGCAAAGCGCACCGGCACGCGCCGCAUCACACCGAUCGUCGAGGCCACAGCGGUGAGUUUCCGUCCUGGAGCACCAACGCCGCUGGACGUCGCUGCGUCUGCUACGCCACCUGUACUGGAAGACGUCAUUACUGCCGCAGUGCCCGAUUCGGGCGCGUCAUCUGGUACCGCGUCGCCUCGAUUUGGUAGCACGUCCAACCUUUCUUCAAGUCGGGUGCGGACACUAUCCAGCUCGGGUUCGUCGUCAGUUGCUCCACCGGCCAUCGCUCCACAAGCCGCGCUCUCGACCGGCUGGCGACAUGCCCCUUGGUUUGAAAAACUCAACGAGGAGCUCGAGCCGCUGUUGGCGUUUCUGCAAGUCCACGUCAGCCGGAAUGCAUCCUCCAGCAGCUUGCUCGCCGCCAAAUCUGCCAUCUUUGAACGUGAGCGCGCGCUCCUUGAAUCGUGGCUGCACGAUACCAUGCCGCAUCAGCCUUCUGGUGUUGUUUUGCGGCCCAACGCUGCUGCUGCUGCUGCGACGAACGAGGCGCAAGACGCCCCGGAUCUCGAUGAGUUGCUGGUCGAUUCGGCCAACAACGCCAACGACCAACAGGUGGCACAGUUCCGCCAGGCAUCGCAAGAGCGGGUGCGCGUGAGUCUGCUAGAGGCACGGCGUGACAUUCUGCAGCGUGCCUCGCAGUCCGCGCGGGAAUACAUUGGUGAAGCGAUCACGACAAGCGUGUCGCAACUCUGGCCCGUCACUGUGAACCGUGGUGUGCUGCCGAUCGCCUGCGCUCAUACCAUCGCCAAAGCACAUGCCACAGUCGUUGCGGAGAUGACUGCAAACCUCGAUGCGACGCUGGUCCGCGAGCUCGAGAGCGAGUACGAGCGACUCAAGCGAAGUGUGCGUUUGCAACGUGAGGCGCCUUCGGACCAGUCACCCCGCAGCAUGAUCCAAUCCCGCGUUGGCUUGGAGGAGCUCUCGCGUUGCCUGCAGUCCCAGAUUGCCUCACUGUCAAGCAGCACCGCCCAAACCUCCUCGACACUGUGCUGGCCGUGGAGUCAAGUCGCGGGAAUUUGCCGCGCUGUUGUCCACCUGUUGGCUGAACGCGAUGCAAAGCAUGCGCUGGUACUCCGAGAUCGCUGUGGCCUCGACCCGAGAGCGCAAGCCCUAGUUGGAGAGCUCAUGCAGAAUGUUGUUGGCUCGCUGCAACUUUGGUGUGAACACUUCCAACUCGAGUUUGCGGGGCGUCACCAGCGUAAGCGUGGCUCGAGUCCCAGUAAUGCGGGGAUAAGCGGCAGCAGCGGUCCGAGUGGCGGAUUGGUCGUGCGUCGACUUUUUGCAGAUUCUUCAAAGCCGGCGAAGGCUAGUCCCAGUCCGAGCACGGCGGCCUGGAUGGGCGUUGUAGAGCUCGUGUCUGAGGACGCUUCGGACCAGAGUUUUGCUGCGACCGCGCUGGCUCGGCUGUUGGAAGCCCUCGGAAUACUCGCGCUGCUCCUCGGGCAGCCGUUGACACCAACACUGCUGAGGCCAGUGAUUCAAAGCAUUGUCGGCGCUGCAGCUCGUGGUGCCAUGAAGCCAAUGCGCUGCUUGAUUCAUUUGGCGCUUCUGGUACUGUGUAUUGACUCGCACGACGCUCGGAUUUGGUCGGCGCCGCAGCUGGAGGCAGAGCUGCUCGCACUGCCGUGGUCUGCUCCCCGCGAACUAGCAGAGGUGGCUGCGAUUGUGCUCUCGGCGUAUCAUUACAGCGGCUUGAAAACGCUGCUGCAAUCGUCCGGCCGAUACCAUGCGCACCAGUGGUGUCAUUUGGCCAACUCGGCGUUUGCCAAGUCGCCCUCGUCAAACCCUGAAUUGGCCGCCCUAAUGGCAACGCUGUUCUGACGGCAUACACACCUUACUCAUUUGUUCAUUUUAUAACUUGGCAC